AUGGCAUCUCCUCCUCCAAUUGACUUUGAAAAGAUCCGCGAGAGCUCGGAUGGCUCGGUCACCGGUUUUGCCAGGCUGGCUUUCAAGGAGGCCAUUGCCAGCAACCCCUACUUUGCUGCCGGUGGUGGACUUAUGGUGCUCGGAACAGGUUUGGCAUUAGCCCGUCUGGCAGUAGUGAAAGGACUGGGAUUUUUGUAUCGGCAGAUGUUGGUCGACUUGGAAAUCCCCUCGAAAGACAAGCUGUACCUUUGGUUUUUGGAAUGGAUGGCGCAGCAUAAGCAUAGACGCCUGAGACACCUACUGGUGGAAACCAACUUCACACAACAUGACAAUGGCGCGGUUUCGACGAAAUUUCUGUUGGUGCCUGGGCCAGGUAAGCAUUUGAUCCGAUACCAGGGCGCUUGGAUGCUCGUCUCUCGUGAAAGACUGGGCAAGUUGUUAGAUAUGACCAGUGGGGCACCGUUCGAGACGGUGACACUCACGACGCUUUAUUCGGACCGCGGCCUCUUUCCAAAAUUGUUGGCGGAGGCAAAAGUUAUGGCAUUGAAGGCUCAAGAGGGUAAGACUGUGCUUUAUUCGUCGUGGGGUCCGGAUUGGAGACCCUUUGGUAGCCCCAGAAUUAAGCGUCGCUUGGGCUCCGUGGUCUUGGACGAAGGGGUGAGCGAGACUGUUUUGGAGGACGUCAAGGAUUUUUUGAGCAAUGGUUCAUGGUAUCAUGAGCGCGGCAUUCCGUACCGUCGAGGGUAUCUUCUCCAUGGCCCACCAGGAAGCGGAAAGACAUCGUUCAUCCAGGCCUUGGCUGGCGAACUAGACUACAACAUCUGCAUUUUGAAUCUUGCUGAAAAUAAUCUUACUGAUGACCGUCUCAAUCAUUUGAUGAACCAUCUUCCUCAGAGAUCGAUCCUUCUAUUGGAAGAUAUCGACGCUGCAUUCAACAAGAGAACACAAACAAACGAACUGGGAUACCAGAGCGGUGUAACGUUCUCGGGACUUCUCAAUGCACUUGACGGUGUGGCCAGCGCCGAAGAGUGUCUUACAUUCAUGACGUCUAAUCACCCAGAGAGGUUGGACCCGGCAUUGUUGCGUCCUGGUAGAAUUGAUUUCAAAAUCAUGGUGGGAAACGCUACGGAGUCGCAAGUCAGACGCAUGUUUUUACGAUUUUAUGAUGACGAGGAGCUCUGCGACCGGUUCGUUUCCGAGUUCGUGGCCUUGGGUUACAACGGCAAGGUCAGCACGGCGCAGCUUCAGGGACUCUUUGUAUUCAACAAGAACGAUGCUCAGAACGCCUUGAACAUGUUGCCUACUUUGGGUCAGGCAGCAAAAGGAUUUUAA